AUAAAUAGUUUUUGAACGAAUCUAUCAUGGUGCGACUUCGGCUAAUGUUCUGAGUUUUUACUGCUUUUCGAUUUUUUGUUUUUAAAAUGUCUUUAAAGUGGACUGGUGGUCAAAGUGACUCCGGUAUAUUAAGAAAGAGUGAUUUCAAGGAGAAGAAAGAAGAUCUUUUCGUGUUCGGCUACUCGUGCAAAUUGUUCAGGGACGAUGAUAAAGCCCUUCACAUUGACCAAGGCAAACACCUCAUUCCGUGGAUGGGGGAUGAAACGUUGAAAAUCGACAGGUAUGAUGCAAGGGGCGCUCUGCACGACCUGUCAUCACUUGAGGCACCUCCGGGAGGCUACGAUUUCCGCGUGGAACUCACGAGGAGUGAGCUAGACGUGGAACAGCUUUGUGAUGAAGAGAGGUACCGCGCGCUCCACACUGAUGAAGAUGAAGAAGAAAUGUACAAAGAGGAGGAGUUGAAGCGUCUACACGCAGCUGGCUACGGUCAAGUGGGGUUCAACUAUGACACCCCCACAGAACCACAGCCUCCAGCGCAACCGCCGGAGGUUGACGAGGAACCGUUC